AUGAGCCGUAACAAUUUCUUGUUUGUUGACGAAUGUCUCUCGGGCAAACAGUUCCGGGCCGAUCGCAAAUUGACGAUGAGUCACAUCAUUCGCGUUUCGGUCGGCCAAGCAUUGCAUGCCGAACCUCGUGAUGAGAUGUUUGUCCGAUGGCUUUACACCUGGGGACCAUUGAAACGACUCGAGGUGGAAUUCAUCGCCGACCUCAGCCGUUUCAAUUUGACGCAUCUCGACGAUGCGAUAGUUGAAUUGAUGCGACGACGCGUCGUCGACGUCGCCGCGACACUUCCGUCGGGCGUCGACGUCAUCAUCGACGGCGAACGCGUCGACGUUGGCGGAUUCGAGGCGUUUGUGCGCAAAUUCGGCGACGACGACGACGCCGACGCCGACGAAAUUCUCGAUUGUCAUCCGAACGCGCGUUGGCACGUGGCGAUUCGUCGACGAACCGACCGUCUGCCGAAAUGCGUCAGUUUCGUCAACAAUAUUUGCACGGAAAAGGGCGGCACCCACGUCGAGUACGUCGUCGACAAAAUCGUUGGUUGUCUGAAGCGCGAGAUCGAGACGCAGCUCGUCGAGCUCACCGGCAAAUCCGAGGCCAACGUCAAGCCGAUGCUCAUCAAGACCAAUUUGUCGGUGUUCGUCAAUUGUCUCAUCGAGAAUCCGUCGUUUGAGAGUCAAACCAAAGAAUUUUUGACGACGAAACCGAAAAAUUUUGGGUCGACGUUCGAUUUUGAGAAGCAGAAGCUCAUCGAUUGGGCGAAAUCGUCGGGACUCGUUGGCGAAAUCGUCGACGCGGUGGUGAAUCUCAAAAAAAAACCGUCGAAAAAAUCGUCGAAUGUUCGCGAUAUUGUGAAAUUGGAGGACGCCGCGUUGGCGGGAACGUCGAGAAAUUCGAAAUCGUGCACGCUGAUCGUCACCGAAGGCGAUUCGGCGAAGGCGUUGGCGUUGGCCGGACUCGAGAUACUCGGACGCGACGCGUUUGGUGUGUUUCCGUUGAAGGGCAAAUUGGCGAACGUCGCCAAUUUGGACGAGGCGACAGCGCGUGGCAACAAUGAGAUUGCGAGUCUCAUGCGAAUUUUGGGAUUGCGCUUCGGCGUCGACGUCGACGAUUUCGAGAAUUGGCCCCUUCGUUAUGGUCGAAUAAUGAUCCUUGCGGAUCAGGACGAGGACGGAUCGCACAUCAAAGGGCUCAUCAUCAAUUUGUUUCGGAAAUUCUGGCCGAAAUUGCUCGAAAUCGAGUUUAUUCGAUCGUUUCGAACGCCGUUGUUGAAAGCCCGCAAAGGCAAUGAGAGCUUUGCUUUCUUCACACACGCCGACUUCCAAAAAUGGUGUUCGACGAACGAUGAGUCGUCGAGAUAUUCGAUCAAAUACUACAAGGGGCUCGGCACGUCGACGUCGGCCGAAGCGCGACAAUACUUUUCGGACCUCGACCAUCACACUGUUCGGUAA